AUGUCUGAUCCGUCCACCUCGCAGUCUCAAAAUCUUGCCCCUCCACCAGCACCUCCCCUACCGCCAGGCCGGCUUGGCCAAUUGCAGAGAAUUAUCGCGCCUUGGGGCAAGCAUAUUGGUUCCAAAGCGCAUGGCAGCCCAGCACAGGGCGAGAGGGACGGCGGCCUGGGUCGAAUCGGCGGCAUCCACACGUACAGUCCACACUCGUCUCGAACCGUAACCCAUCGCACCGGAAUCCCUAUCGCUGCCCUCGACAUCAACAAGAGCAAGACUCAUGCCAUCUUGGCCGGAAAGGAAAUUCUCAAGACGGUUCGGAUCCACGAUGGCAAGAUCACCGAAGACUUCAAUCUCCGCGCUUCCAUCAGCUCCUACGCCUCGGCACAUAUCUCUCCCCACUCAGACAGCGCCGAGAAGCGCAGGGAGUACCUUCCGGCAAGAGAUGUCAAGUGGUCGAUAGGGAAUUGGGAGCACAUAAUCGCAACAGCUGCCACGAAUGGCCGCAUCGCGCUCUAUGACCUGAACGCUCCAAGCGCAAAGACGGAAUGGGCAUGGCUACAUGAACACACUGGACAGAUCAACAAGCUAGACAUCGAUCCUCAUGCUGGCUAUCUCUUGCUGUCCGCCAGCCAAGAUAAGUCGGUCAGGCUGUGGGACUUGAGGGCCCCCAAGCCAGACAAGUCGCGCACAAGGUUUGAGGUCCGAAGUGCUGUCCGAGACGUGCGCUGGUCCCCCGUGGAGCCUUUUGACUUCGCCGUCUGCGCUGAUGGCGGAUUCGUUCAAAAAUGGGACGCUCGUGCCCCUAUGUUGCCCAAACUAAGCAUCAACGCACACGAAAAAGCCUGUUAUUCUCUUGACUAUCAUCCAGACGGCCGACAUGUCAUCUCUGGAGGGUUUGACAAGUAUAUUCGCGUGUGGGACUUCGAGAGUGACAAGAAACGCCAGAAGCCUGUUCGUCAGCUCAAAGCCCCUCAUGCCAUCAAGAACAUCAGAUGGCGACCUGCGUGUAGUAUCUUGGAAUCAGAGGAAACGAACUUAUGGCAGAGUACCCAGGUUGCUGUCUCCUACCAUCAUGAUGACCCUCGGGUGCACAUCUGGGAUCUUCGACGGCCUUUAUUACCGUUUCGUGAACUCGACAAGUACACCUCGCCGGCUAAUGACCUUUUGUGGGCAGACAAGGAUCUACUGUGGACGGUCGGUGACGACGGCAUCUUCACCCAGUGGGAUGUUAGGCAUAACACACCCUUUUAUAACCAGCUUGCGCCAUGUAUUGCGCAAUUUGUUCCCGAUGGGCGGUACUACAGCUUCUCAGAGGACAGAGAAGUGCGACAUGCAGCUUCUCACGGAGACUCCGCCGUCGGCUUUCUGAGCGUGCCACGAGACAAAUUGAGCAGUGGUGAUGACGGCUUGGCAAGCAGGAGUCUCACUGACGACGAGGGCGGGCUUGAGUCGACACUGGGAACGAGCUCUCGUCGCCGUGAAACCACAACCGUGCCCUCGAGAUCGAAUAAGUCUCAGACAAAUAGCCCGCAAUCGAUGGAUCAGAAACCGCCAAUCUUAUCACUUGACGAAGCCGUCCUCACCCGUCCAGACUUGUUCAACAACGAUCAAGUUGGUGCUGGGGGGUACGUGCCAGGCGUGGCGGUUGAGGGAGAAGUCGUGGAAUACUUAGCCUCACAUUAUGCCACACCGGCGACGGUCGAACUGAACCGGUCUUGCCCCGACACUAUCCUUCACCGCCUCCAGGAGGUUUUCGACCAAAAUGCAGCUGCUUGCGACGUGGUUGGCAUGCAUCGCACAGCGCAAACUUGGCGUAUCCUAGGCGCAGUGGUUGUACCGGAAUUGAGAGACUGGGCAGAUGCCAACCGCGCCCGACGACGAGCCGACGCUGCUCGAAGAAAAGAAACAUUGGAGAGCUUCCGAUCGGGCGCACGCCGCCCAGCCCUUUCGCCACUGGCGGGUCUCCCGGACCGUGGGCACAACUCACAUUAUGACAGUAAGGGCCACAAGCUGAUCAGCAGCCUGUUCAGAGGUGUGGCGGAAGGCGACCGUGUGCGUGCUGGUCUUGAUGUGGACAGCACCUCGAAUAUGACUACACCCUUAGCGAAACCUUUACCAAACUCACCUCUGACCGAUGACAAGAAAUGGGCUCAAGCCAACAUUGACGACAGAUUGGAUAACCUUCCACCAUUACCACCUUCGGUGCUAAGCUCACAUUCCACCGCAGCUGCGGCUGCUCGAGCUUUGAUGGACUCGUCAGAUCAGGCUAUAAAAUCGGACAUAUCCUCACCUGAACAGCACAAAUCCACUGAGACUUCGAAGAAGCCGGCAACCGUUACCGGGCCGCCGGUAUCCCCAGUCAAACGGCCAAAAUCCAAUUCGCUGGUCGAGCAGAAGCAUGCGGCAGGUCCAAGAAGGUCUCAGGAGGACCGUCGAGCGGCAUUGCGGGACUAUCGGGCCCAUGCGCGGCCAAUUUUGAGUUUGGGUGACUCCGUUCACCAUGGAGCUUCUGCGUCCAGACAUGAUUCUGCAGAGAGCUUUCCCAUGUUCUCUGUAUCGACAGACAGCUCGCACAGAGUACCGUCCGUCGGACGGUCUUUGGAAUCUGCUCGUGAUACGGGCAGGGCGUCUAUGCAGCGUCAACCGAGCGACCUCAGUUCGGCUAACGAGGAUGAUUUUGACGGAACAUACUCCUAUCGCUCUCUUGAUCGGACAACGGUGGAUGAGAGAGUGAUUGACACGUUUGAUGAACCCUCACCCAGUGUCUCUGCGAUUGAGCCAUCGCUACAGAUGAGAUUCGGGCUCGACGGACAGACUCCUUCUUCAGAAGGACAAGGCACAUGGCGUGCUCCUAGAGAGGUCAAAGACAGUUGGGAUGCAAGCCGAGAGCAUGAGCCUAUCCUCCCAUCCCAGCUAGGCACAGCAGUAUCAUCAUCACCAGACAUCUUUCAUUUCGAGGCAGGCACCUCAGUACCCAAGCCACGAAUUCACACGUCCAACCCUCUUCGAUCCGAUCAUUUGCGCCACAGUAAUGGUGAAAACAUCCGGCCCAACGAGAGUGAACUAUCGAAGACUCUGUCACUGGACGAGUUGGAUUGUCCGACGUACUUGGCUCAAGACUUCCGUCCCAUCGACCUGUCGAGGUACGAGCCAAAACGGCCAUUUGCAUGGUCGUCGAUCCCAUUGAUAUGUCAAUGCAUAUGCUUCGAUCUGGAAAGCGGCAUUGCAUAUGCACAGUUUUCGGUCCACCUUUUGAUGCAUGUCCAUCAAUAUUUUUUCCACCCAAGCUUCCGCAGCAUGGAGGCAACGCCAGGCAAAGCUGUGGACAAUCUUGCUGACAGACUGAUGACUCCGCAAUUCGGGCAUCGGAUCAUCGGCAGUAUCUUUGAAGGCCAUUUGUCAUUCUUGACGCAGAUGGGGCUCUUUGAAUCGGCGGCACUGCUGAGGAAAGUGUGUGUGGAGUUUGAGUAUCUCCAGCCCUAUCAGUCAUCACCAGCAGGGAAGCCGGCUGCCAGCGGUCUCCCCGACCGAGAUCACAGUACAUUGUCGGUCGUAUGUGGCAGCUGCCAGGCACCAAUGCCAGCGGGAAGAAACACGUGUGAGCGGUGCCGGCAAGCAAGGGCAGUGUGCCCGAUCUGCGAGUCACUGGAGGAUGGCUAUAAAAGGGAUCCGGAUACGAACCCGGCCGGCCACACCGCACUGUGGGGCCAGAAGAACAGUAUGUGGAUGUCUUGCCAUGCUUGUGGCCAUUCUGGUCAUGUCCGGUGUUUGAGGGAGUGGUUCAGUCAACACUUCAGCGAAGGGAGGUGUCCGACGCCCGGCUGCGGUUGUGACUGCGGGCCUGGUCUGACACGAGAACGCCGUAUCGAGUGGCAAAUCAAACGGGAGGACGAAGUCAAGCUCAUCCGAGGCACGAGUCCCGGGCACAACGCUAGCGGCUCAACCAAGCGAGAUCCCUUGAAGGCAACGCCAAGCCCGGCGGUCGACAAGGCGAGAGCAGCUCUGCGAAACAGUUUUGCAGCAGAGCGGACAACGCAAAGCGGUGACGAGCGGAACUUGCCCGAUAGGAGAGGCAGCAAUCGGGGACGGACGUCGGGAUUUAGUAGCUCACGGAAGAGUGUCCGGCUCGUUACACCAGGCGAAGAAGAAGAUGGACACUCGUAG